AUGGCCGGAGUACAAGUGUUAGAUCGUUAUUACCUCGCCAUAACGCUUCUGGUUACGGUGGGAUAUCAGAUGCUGGGCUUUGCUAUCGCCUGGACAUUUCAGUUUGAUAAAAUCACCGACUUCACUGGAGGCUCUAAUUUCUUCUGGCUAGCAUUAAUGACAUUACUUUUUGCGCGUACGGGCGAUGCCCGAAAUAUCGUGGCGAGCGUUCUCGUCAUGGUAUGGGCCGCACGUCUCGCCGGGUUCCUAUUUUUCCGCGUAUUGAAGACCGGGAAAGACGCACGUUUCGAUGACAUACGGUCCCAUUUUCUCAAGUAUCUCGGUUUCUGGGUCUGGGUCGUCUCCCUCCCUGUUAUUAUCCUGAACUCCCCAUCGGUUGUGGGAGUGGACCACUCUGUUCCAUUUGGAACUUCACGGGACAUAGCAGGGAUAGUCCUGUGGGGUGUAGGAUGGGCGAUCGAGUCCAUUGCAGACAUCCAAAAGUACCGUUACAAGGCGCGGGGAGGACCCAAGGAUGAACCCAUCAGAACGGGCUUGUGGUACUUCUCGAGGCACCCGCCUUACUUUGGAGAGAUCCUGUGCUGGUGGGGAAUAUGGAUCCUCUGCCUCUCGGCUGGCAAUAACCUGGGAGGCGGUGGAAAGGCGGCGCUGCGCGGCUCGGUGGUCUCUCCGAUCUUCACGACUCUACUCCUGAUGUUCGCCUCGGGCAUACCGAUCGCGGAGAAAUCGCAAGGCCAGAAGUUCUACGACACGGCUCAGCGACCAGGCAAGUCGGACGCGUGGGACAAGUACCAAGAGUACCUGCGGUCUACCUCGAUAUUGAUACCCAUCCCGCCGGCGCUGUACCGUCCCCUGCCUGAGAUCGUGAAGCGGACUGUCCUGCUGGACUUGCCUUUGUAUCAGUUCACGGGAAGGGAUGGGGCGCAGAUAUUGGAGGACGAGAGGGGGCAGUCGUAG